AUGCCCAUCACCGAACUCGCUCUCCUCCACCUCACACCCGGUACCACAAUCGAUGAUGCCGCCCUCCGCUCGAAACUGUCGCACGCAAAGACAGUCCUGCAGAACUACACCGGCCGCACCUUCUACUAUAUGCAGCAGACGGAAGACCCAUCGUGCAUUUACGUCAUCGGAGAAUGGGACUCGCUUGAUCAGCACUUGAACGAUUUCAUCCCAAGCGCAGACAACCAAGCUUUACUGGAGAGUCUAAAAGACGCAAUUACUGUAGACUCCAACCUCGAACACCUUGAUGUAUCGAACGCCGAGCUCCCCUUGCCGACAACUCAGGCGCAACUCGAACAAGCGCGUCGUGGGGAACUGGUAUGGAGUAUCGUCCAUUGCAAGGUCAGGGCUGAUGAGAAAGACCGGUUCCUCGAUGCUUUUAACGAAGAACUGCGGUUUUUACAGGGUCAUAUAAACGAGCUAAAGGGUAAGACAGGGCGUGGAUGGUGUGUUGGUGGGAAAGGAGACAAGGGAAAUGUUUCUGUGGCUUUGUGCCCGUGGAAGAGCGUUGAGCAACACUUGGGAUUCGGCAACACGGAGGGGUACGCGGAGGUUGGGGAUAUUGGAGAUUUUGUUGAUGAGAUUGAUGUUAAGCAUGCUAAGCUUGUUGACAUCUGA